AGGGGCUUGGGGGGCUGGGGUGUAGAGGAUACGGUUAUUCUGUUGCACUUCUGUGCUGCUUUGGCUGCACGAAGCACUUUUUGCUUUGUUCGCAGUUAUAUCUAGGUGUACUUUCCGUCCCCUGCCAGAUGCCAGGCAGGCUGCAGAUCUAGGUUCUCUCUGUUACAAGUAACAGGUGCUCAGUGAACUGAAUAAGGCAGAGCUGAAAGCCUCCCUAGGGAUAACCUGGUCCCUGCGAUUUCCAGCUGUGUCCUGGAAGGCCUAAGGUCAGGGAGGGGAACUGAGAAGACAGGGUCUGGCCCCUCCCUACCUUAUUUCAGACAGAACCAGUUCAGUUCUGCCUUUGUCUCCUCUACCUAUUGGGAAACCCCAGAGGGUGUUUUUGGUAACAAAUUCCCCAGAUGCAGUCUGAUCUGGUCGUUUUCAGCAGAGUAACUGAGGUCAAGAGGUGUGCACAGGGAUUUGGGCAAGGUCCUCCGGGGGCCAAAGCUUACCAGGAAACCUGCCUCCUAAGUCACAGGCCAGGAGUGGCCCUUAUCUGGCUGUGGUGGCUCUGAACAGCCAUUUCCCCGGAUCUUAGCACCUGCUCGCCUACACCCUAACUCCAGGGCCCCAGGGCUGCCUUCUUACCUGCAGCCUGUGAGUAAUCUUCUGAGCACUUCCAGGCCUUUAGUGGGACAAUUUAUGUGACUUAGUUUUACAGAUUUAGGUCAAAAUGAAUUAGGUUCCCCACCCUCCUGGGUAGGCUACGUAUCACUAGCCCAUUUUAUAGUUAAGGAAAUGAAAGCUCAGAGAGGCCAAGUAACUCACUCAUGGGCACUCAGCUAUUAAAUGGCAGCUGGGAUUUAAAUGCUCUUCUUUCUGGCUCUAAGGCUUAUGUUCUUUCCAUUACAUUAUCUCUUAGGAGGGCUAGAAAAUAGGUAAUGGACAGAUGUCAUGGAGGCGAGGCAUAGGUGAGCAGAGAACAGCUGAAGCAGGGGCGGCAUUAAGUGGAGGCUGAGCAUUCGAAUAGCUGCAUUCUUAAUAUUAUACACAUACAAUUUUAUUUGAAAUGAAUGUGGUUUCUGCCCUGUACUUUCUAUUUUAGAUUUGUUUUAUUUUAUUUUUCUAAUUUUUAAUUAAAGUACAAUUUACAUACACUCUAAUCCACAAAUCUUAUGUGUUUGGUUCAUUGAGGUUUGACAGUUGUUUAUACCUUUGUAACCACCCCCCCCAAAUGAAACAUAAACUGUUUGCAUAACCCUACAAAGUUCCCAUUUCUGAUAAAUUUUCCUUCUACCCUUCCAGGCAACCAUUUUCUGAUUUUAUCGUCACUGAUUAAUUUUGUCUGUUUGUGGACUUCAUGUGAAUGGGAAUCACACCGAGUUGGAACACAGCACCUGCCCUUCCUCUGAGCUCUGCCUCCUGCACAAGGGAGCUCAACAGAACUUUGUUGUUUUGCCUUUUACUCUGGGGUGAACGAAGCAGACGAUGAGGAGAAAAUAAUGAAUGUCAAAGGAAAAGUAAUUCUGUCAAUGCUGGUUGUCUCAACUGUGAUGGUUGUGUUUUGGGAAUAUAUCAACAGCCCAGAAGGCUCUUUCUUGUGGAUAUAUCACUCAAAAAACCCUGAAGUUGGUGACAGCAGCACUCAGAAGGGUUGGUGGUUUCCGAGCUGGUUUAACGAUGGGACCCCCAGUAAUCAAGAAGAGGAAGACAUAGACAAAGAAAAAAGAAGAGAAAAGGAACACAGAAAGGAAGACGACGAAGAAGAGCUUCAGCUGUGGGACUGGUUUAAUCCAAAGAAACGCCCAGAGGUUGUGACAGUGACCAGCUGGAAGGCACCAGUUGUGUGGGAAGGCACUUACAACAAAGCCAUCUUAGAAAAUUAUUAUGCCAAACAGAAAAUUACUGUGGGGUUGACAGUUUUUGCUGUCGGAAGAUACAUUGAGCAUUACUUGGAGGAGUUCAUAACAUCUGCUAACAGGUACUUCAUGGUUGGCCACAAGGUCAUAUUUUACAUCAUGCUGGAUGACAUCUCCAAGAUGCCUUUGAUAGAGCUGGGUCCUCUGCGUUCCUUCAAAGUGUUUGAGAUCAAGCCUGAGAAGAGGUGGCAGGACAUCAGUAUGAUGCGCAUGAAGACCAUUGGGGAGCACAUUUUGGCCCACAUCCAGCAUGAGGUUGACUUCCUCUUCUGCAUGGACGUGGACCAGGUCUUCCAAGACAAUUUUGGGGUAGAGACCCUGGGCCAGUCAGUGGCUCAGCUACAGGCCUGGUGGUACAAGGCAGAUCCUGAUGAGUUUACCUAUGAGAGGCGUAAAGAGUCAGCAGCAUACAUUCCAUUCGGAGAAGGAGAUUUUUAUUACCACGCGGCCAUUUUUGGAGGAACACCCAUUCAGGUUCUCAACAUCACUCGGGAGUGCUUUAAGGGAAUCCUGCAGGACAAGAAAAAUGACAUAGAAGCUGAGUGGCAUGAUGAAAGCCACCUAAAUAAGUAUUUCCUUCUCAACAAACCCUCCAAAAUCUUAUCCCCAGAAUACUGCUGGGAUUUUCAUAUAGGCCUGCCUUCAGAUAUUAAAAUUGUCAAGAUAUCUUGGCAGACAAAACAAUAUAAUUUGGUUAGAAACAAUGUUUGACUUCAAAUUGUGCCAGUAGAUUUCUGAAUUUGAGAGAGUAUUCUGGCUACUUUCUCAGAAAAGUAACACUUAAUUUUAACUUUAAAAAAAAUACUAACAAAAUCAAGAUGACAAACACAUACUAUUCCUCCUUGUAACUUUGAGCCUUAUAAUAUGGGAGAAUGAAUUUAUGGCAAUCAGAUGUAAAUUCCCAGUGAUUUCUGAUCUAUUGUGGGUUUGGGGGAAAUACUAUUGGCUGAAUCAAAAAGAACUUGGCACAGGCAAAGAAAAUGCCAGAAAAACUCUACAUUUGCCAGAUAAUGUGCUGGAGAAAAGGGUGCUAAGGGAAGUGUUUGGCAACAAGAUAUGGUUUGGGGGAGUUGUCUCCUUGAUUUCACUCUCUUCCCUUUUUUUGAUGGGUCUAAAGCAACAUGAAAUUGCUUUGCAGCAGGAGGACUCUCAGUAAGGACACCAUUUACCUUGGCCAUCCUCAAAAGUCUCAACAGCAUACUGCUUCAGGCCAUUUGUAGUCUAUGUCCUUUUCUCAUCAGGAUAUUGUUUUGUUUGGCUUAUGUGUGCAAGAUUGGUGGCAGUUCCCAGUAGAUAUCACGGAGCCCCAGGGAACCCAAAGAAGCCAGUGGGUGCUCAGUGUGAGUUUGCCAUGAAAUAGCAAAGAAAGAGUGGAAGAGAAGGGCUGAUCACUGUGGGGCAGUGCCAGUACCACCCUAGAGGGACACAGGGCAAUGGGGUUGGUGCUUAAAUACAUCAUGGAUGCAGGCACUGAAUAGGAGGCAGUGUGGACAGGGACUUGAAUGGAAGAUGCUACUUGUUUUGUCCAAAUCAUAUUCAGUCUAUCAGACUCUGCAACUUGUGUCUUCAGUCCUUGGUGAGGAUGAUAGAGGUGAGCAUAUAGAUAAUGUCAGAGAAGCCAAAGGCCUGAAGUGGAUUGGAAAGGCUUGCAAGGAUUUCUGUUUCCAGGACCUCAGCUUCAUCAGAGGACAAUCAGUCAUCAGACAGUUCCACCAUUUAGCUAGUCUAAACCCCAGGGUUCCUCAGCACAUCAUAUGCCCACUCGGAGGGCUGACAUCAAGGAGUGGACUAGAGAAAAAGCCCUCCUGUCAAGCAACCUCUCCUUUUCCCCUGUUCCGUCUGCACAAUGGAAAUGUAACAAUCAGAUGUACUUGACAAAAUGGUUAAUUGACUUUAUAACAGAAGCAUGAGGGAUAGCACAGGGAGAUCUAAUCAGGACUGAACAGCUUAACAUUCAAUUCCCUUCUCUAAGAGAAGCUAUGAAAUCCUACAUAUUAUAUUUAAAUGCAAGUCAGGAGGCAAAACUUACAUAUGUACAAAUAUUUAUAUUUUGCUUGUGUUCCAGUUUAGGUCAUUUGUUUCCAUUUUCAAGCAAUUUAUUUGAAAAACCAUUACACUAGCUUGAUGUACAGUGCAAUGGGCUUCUUUGAGAAAAUGAAACUUGCAUUUUUCUCUACCCUUUCACUGUACCUCCUACUCUUCAAUUCUUGCCAAAAAAUCUCACAUCCAACAAAACACAAAUCUUAAAUUCAGCUUUGAAAACAAAAAAGUAGCCCACACAUCAGUUAAGAAUCUUGCUUCUCUGUUACUCGAAUUAUUUUUGAUCCAGUUUGGAGUAGGGAGAGUUUAAUGAUUUAAGUCCUGAACCAAAGAAAUCAUCUAUCCUGUAAGUUUAGAGAAAAGAGCUGAUGUUUACUUUUGAGGAACUGUCUUGAUUUUUCAAAUUCAUUUAAAUUUAAAUCCCCAAUGGACAAAUUUAAGAUAUCAUAUAUGGUUAUUAAACUCUUUUUAAAUAAAGUUCCUGAUUUACAAUUAAAAUAAAUUAUUUUCUCAGUA